AUGGGCGAGAGGGAGCGAGUUAGAGGAAAGGGCUAUAUGGGGGCUAUUAUGGGCGAGAAGGGGCUGAUUAUGGAGGUUGUUAUGAGUGAGAGGGAGAGGCUGGUAGUGGCAUGGGAGGUUGCUAUGCGGGAGCUUACGGAUGAGAAGAGGCUAGCGAGGCCGGUGGUCGACGAGAGUGAGGAGGAUGCCGGCAUGCUAAGGGUCGUGUGCGUGUGUGUGUGGUAG